AUGUCGAUGAUAGUGAUGGUCAAUGAGUCAUUGACAAAUGUGGGGCAGAGCAAGUACAUGCAGAAAACUGCGAGCCUGAUCGCGGAAAAUGAGGGGUGCAAACCAAGGGGGUUUAGCAGAUCCGUGCGUAUCUUGGAAGGGGGGAUGAGGGCGUGGAAGGCCUUGCUGAGAGAGGACGGACUGGAAAGGGGCCCGUAUGUUAUCCGGGCGAGAUGGCAGAUGGAUGCUGAGCUGCGUGUGGGAAGCGCGGCAGACGAAAGGGAGACGAGAGAGUGGAACCCGUUGGGUCAGCUAUCCAGCGGCACUGGGACACCUUCACGCCAUCCAGAGGACCUCCGUUUGUCCAACCUGCCCCGCGAAGUGGCGAGAAUGCAUUAUACCCCUGUGAUGGCGUCUCCUCUCACGUCCUCUGCAAUUUCUGUCAACAUGAACAAUGUUCUGUUGAACAAAGGGGUAGAAAAAGGGACAGAAUCUGCAUUGAGUGUACAUGUUGAGGUUCAUAACGUGAUCACUUAG